CUGAAUCUGGAACUUCAAGUUUUCGCCGAACGAAGUCUCCAAGAUCAAUUCGGAGUCGACAUGUCAUGUUAUAACGGCUGACUAGUAUACAUGUAUUUCGUGACUUUAUUCGUACUCCACUCCAUAAAAUAACCGAAGUAAACGUGGGUUAGGCUGGUUAGAGCUGUUCGAGACGUUCGGGACGGUUGGGAGAAUCGCGGGUAGUCGGUGGACGGACUGUGUUCGGGGGGUAUCAGUUGUGAUUUGCUCUUAACGUCGGGUAGACCCGCUGUCACCGUUCGUUGUCGUUUAUCAUCCCGCUCGAAAAUGUUUCAUCUGCGGAAUCUAACGCGGCCGUUGAUCGCCCUGAAGCAAGCGCCGAGUAAUGACAUACAGAGCAUCCUGACACGCGUUGCGCCGGCCACUUGGCAAGCGGCGGCCUGUUGUCGCGGCUACGCCGAUCACCAAAUCCCAGAACGUCUUAAGGACGUGCCCGAGGCACCGAAUCCCAGAUUCUUCGACAUGGUGGAGUACUUUUUUCAUCGCGCCUGCCAAAUCAUUGAGGACAAGCUGGUCGAAGACAUUGGCAAACGAUCACGUGUCCCAAUCGAGGAGCGCAAGAAGAAGGUUAAGGGUAUCCUAAUGUUGAUGCAGCCUUGCGACCACAUUCUCGAAACCGUGUUCCCGCUUAGGCGCGACUCGGGUGACUACGAAAUGAUCACCGGUUAUCGCGCACAGCACUCCACCCAUCGAACACCCUGCAAAGGAGGUGUAUUUAAUCCUUGGAAGAUGUACUCUUUGGAGAAACUCUAAUCAGGUUUCUUGAUAUAUAUUCUAUUGACUAAUCAAGAAGCUGUUCCACGUAUAAAUAUAUAAUAUAUAAAACAACAGAAAAAGCAGUAA